AUGCUUCUCUCCCGUCUCCUCUGUUCCCUCGUCGUCGUUGUGCCCGCUUUGGCUCAGGGAAAUAGUGUCAAUUCUACCGUCACAUCCAACUCCUCGCCCGUAACCUCAUCAGCAGUUUCCAACUCAUUGGCAUCCGUCUCGUCAGAAAUAUCCAAGUCUCUCGUCUCAGUCUCCAAUUCCGCCGCCUCGGUUGCUACCUCUGCCUCCAACUCGGCCGAAAAUGCUGAAAACUCCAUCGCUGCCAGCUUCACCUCGGCCAAGUCUGCAUUCUCAGCCAGUCUUUCCAGCCUUAGCUCUGAAGCUGCUACGGGCAACACCGGCGCGGCUGCCACUCUCUCAUCUUUGACCUCUGCCGCCUCCUCCAUCCUUGGCAGCAUCACCACCGAGGCUGCCAGUGCCUUGAGUGCUGUGACAAGCCAGGCUGGCUCUGUUGCUUCGGCGGCAUCUUCUGGUCUCAGCUCGGCCGUUUCUUCUGCAUCUGCAACCACGUCCUCCACUACCAAUGCCGCCGCUGUCAUGCCCGCUGGGUUUGGUAUUGUCGGAGCUGCAUUGUUGGGUCUGGCUGCCUUCUUGUGA